CCCACAUUCCUUGCUGUCGACCCUAUAUCUGCUGCUCUUGUCGUUUCAUUCCCGAUCCCUCCUCUUUUUUUCUCUCACUCCGUUGCUUGGCCUUCGAUCUCUCGACACGUUUGUGCGACACACUGCACCGCCCGUCCUUCUUUCUACACCGACAAGGCUAACCCUUCGUCUAUUCUCCGUUUCACUCGCUAGAGCUACGCUCGUGGUCACUCUUUCACCAACCAGACCGUUCAUUGAUUGAAUCCCUGGUCCAAAAAAACCACCCCAGGAGGGCAUAUACUAUCCGAAUCCAUCGAUUUUCCCAAAACACAACAUCCACAAACGAAAAAGCGUUAUCCCAACCGAACACGCAAAGUACCGUGCACCCUCAGAUCUCAACAUGGUUUCCCAGAUCCUUUCCCUCGUGGUGCUCGCCACUACCGUCUUGGCUCACCCUCAAAGACACCAUCACUGGCAAUUCCAUGGUACAGGCACCGGUGGGGUGGCUGCCCCUACUGGCGGUGCAUUCCCCAUGAACAGCACAGCUCAGACCAACAACGGCACAAACCUUCGUGGCUCUCCUGUCGAGUCUCAAGAAGUCACAGCUGUCAUGACUGUCACCGUGAGUCCGAUUCCCUUGGAGUCAUCGACCGACGAUGGCUCCGAUGCUGCUUUCUCCAGCGUUCCUGUUGUUGCCAAUGCUGCUGCUACGAGUCCAGCGGCAGCAAGUGCACCUGCUUUGUCCAGUAUCAGUUCUGCUUGUGCUUCGGGUUUGAUUUCCACCAUUACCAGUACCACCGUUGAAUUCGUUACUGUUACUGCGACUCCGGAUGCCAGCCCUGUUACUGACAAUUCUGGCAAGAACAUUGCUGCUCCCUCCAGCUCCUCUACACCAUCAGAGGACACAGGGCUCGAAGAAGGUUUGGCUGGGUCUUCAGCCUCCGUUAGCCUCGCCGCAGGAACUCCAACAGCAGGUGCAUUCUUUGGCAGACCGUCCAAUGGAGGCGGUGGUGGCGGCUUCUCGUUCUCCGCUCCUGAAGCAUCGCCGUCAUCUGUCGCGAUGUCAGGCUUACCAACCACAUUCGCAACCAUGGCCAGCUCAGCACUUGGCUCUAGUGCUGCCAGCGGCACGUUUCCAACAGCAUCUUCCGUCUCGAGCUCUACACCCAGCACCGGUGGAGGUUCCUCUUCCGGCGGCGGCAAGAAGGGCCUGUCGUACAACACUGCCUCUUUGACCGACGCCUUCGCAGGCAAGGCCAUCUCUUGGGUGUACAACUGGGGCUCUACCCCAGAUGGGACUCCUCUGUCCGGAGCCGAAUACGUUCCCAUGUUCUGGGGCUCUCAAUCUGUGUCAGGAUGGUCCAGUGCCGUCUCAUCCGCCAUCUCCAGCGGCUCCAAGCACGUUUUGUCUAUCAACGAGCCUGACUUGGCCUCUCAAGCCAACCUCGAUCCCGAAACCGCCGCCAAACUCCACAUUGCAAACGUCGCACCCUUGUCCGGGCAGGUCCAAAUUGGAUCUCCAGCCGUCACCAACGGUGCCGGGACCAGCCCGUUGAUGGGCAUCGACUGGCUCAACGCCUUCUUCAAGGCGUGCGCCGGUCAGUGUAACAUUGACUUUGUCGCUUUCCACUGGUACGCCGAUGCCGGCCAGAUCGCCAACUUCCAGCAACACGUUCAAGACGUGAUCGACGCCGCCUCGUCCAACGGCGUCAACAAGGUCUGGCUGACAGAGUUCGGUGCCACAGGCUCCGACAGUGAUGUGGCCAACUUCCUCUCGCAAGCCGUCGAGUACCUCGAGGGCCAGUCCGCGGUUGAGCGCUACGCGUACUUCAUGUGCAGCGACGGCAUCUUGGUCAAUGGCAACUCCAUCUCGAGCCCCAUCGGCAGUGCCUACGUCUCUUAGAAAGAGAUUAGUUCUGUACCUUUUGGCUCCUGGGAGAUCGAGUUUGUGUUGCUCAUAGCGUUCGCUUUAGCGAUUGGCAUCCCAAAUCGGAAGGGCUUUUUUUUUGGCAGGGGUUCAAUUCUUGUGUGUAUAUCACUUUUCGGGGACUUGAGAUACAAAAACAUUGGUGGCGGUGGAUUUUCCUUUUCCUACACAUCGGCAGAGUCGAACAGUGCUCUCUUGUGUCGAAAUGAGGCUCUAAGCUGAGGAUGUCUGACUGAGGGGACUAUGACGCAUUUUUCUUCUUUGCUCCAAGACAUGGAUUUGUGAACGAUUUGAAAUGGCAUAUAACGAACGACUUGAAAGAAAAAAUGUAUGUAGCAACAUGCGGGAGUUUCAUUUCGAUAUAAAAAAAAUGGACAAUCCUUUCCCAUUCCCA